AUGGACCUCGCGCGCGACGACGUCGCGGACGACCACGCCCUUCGCGCGUGGACCGACCUCGGUCUCCAUCGAGCGGUCGCGCGCGCGUUGGUGCGCGAGCACAAGACGCGACCGACCGCGGUGCAGCGUCGAGCGAUUCCGCUCGCGCUCGAAGGACGCUCCGUCGUCGUCCGUUCGAGCACGGGGAGCGGGAAGACGAUGUCGUACGUCGCGCCGAUCGUGCACGCGUUGUGCGGGACCGCGAGCGAGCGCAAACGGGGGCUUCGAGCGAUCGUGUUCGCGCCCACGCGCGAGCUCGCGCGUCAGGUGCGCCGCGCGUGCGCGUCGACGACGCGACUGUGCGCGCCGGGGUGUCGAGUGGGUGAACUCCCGGCGCCGAGCGCGGGGACGAGUGUUUUGAGGGAAACCGCGGGGUCGCCGCCGGAGAUUUUGGUGUCGACGCCGGCGAGGGUGGCGGAGUGCGUGCGCGGCGGGUACUUUCCGCCGGGCGCGCUCGAGGAGGAGUUGGAGACGGUGGUCCUGGACGAGGUGGAUCUGUUGUUGUCGUUCGGGUACGUGGACGAUAUUAAGAGCGUGAUGAAGGCGGUGAAAAGAGGAACGCGGGUGAUGAUGCUGAGCGCGACUUUGAGCCCGGAGGUCGAGGAGUUGAGAGACGUCGUGGCGCACAAGCCGACGACGAUCGACGUCGAGGACGAGGAGGCGGCGAUGAAAGAGGAGGGUGAUGACCAAGACGAUGGGAAGCCAAGUGCACCGAACAUCUCGCACUACUCGUUGGAGAUUGCGAAAUCGUCCGAUCGCUUGUUGUACACCAUGGCGUUGCUGCGUCUCGGUUUGUGCAAGAAAAAGGUGCUCGUCUUCGUGUCGAACGCGGACGCGGCGGUUCGUCUUCGAUUGUUCCUGCACAAGUUUGGCGUGCCAACGUGUGCGCUUCAUAGCGAGCUACCAGCGAACUCGAGAGCGCACAUUUUACAGGAAUUCAAUCGCGGCGUGUACGACUUCAUGGUGGCCGCGGCGGACGACGCCAGGGUAGCAACGGAAGUUGAGGAAGAGGAGGAAGAGGAUAAGGCACCGACGCGUGAGAGCAAGAAAAAGAAGAAGGAUAGACGCGAUAAGGAGUUUGGUGUCGUGCGCGGGAUCGAUUUCCAAGCCGUCGGCACGGUGAUCAAUUUCGAAGUUCCGGCGACAGCCGCCGCUUACGUGCACCGCGUCGGACGCACUGGCCGAGCGGGGAAGUCUGGUACGGCGAUAACCAUCGUCUCCCCCACGGAGGAGGAAGCGUUUAAGCAAAUCCAGGAAGAUUUAGUGAGUACGGUUGGGGACACCGUCGCUGCUACGCAAGUAAUUCAGCCGUUCGAUCGACUUCCCAAGGAAGCGGUGGAUGCUCUGCGUUACCGCGCGGAAGACGCCGCUCGAGCGGUAGGGAAAACUGCGGUUAAGGAGGCGCGUGUACGUGAGUUGAAGCAAGAACUGUUGAACUCGGAGCGUUUAGCGGCGCACUUUGAAGAUAACGCCGACGACUUAGCCUUGCUCAAGCACGAUAGCAGUCUGUCGAAGAAUCCAGAUGCGAAGCACUUGAGCCACUUGCCUGGGUACUUGAGAGGCACUAAGAAACGCGGUGAUUCCAGAGCGGUGGAGCCGGAUUCAAAACACGCGAAAGCGGCGGCGAACUAUCAGCUCGACGUCGACGUCGCCGAGUUCGGCUCGAAGAAGAAGCGUAAGCGCAGCGACAAACGCGAGACCGGGCCCGACUUGCGUCAGAAACAUAAAUUCAAGGGUGGUUUCAAGAAGAAAUCGACCGGGCGCAAGCGCAGUAGAUGA